AUGUCAACAAUAGAUGAUAUAUUAUUAGGAUUACAUGAAUCUUUAAAAAAGUUACAAGAAUUACAACCUGAAAAAGAAGCUGCUAAUAUUAAACCUGUUGUUCCUCAAAAAGACGACAAUUCUUUUACUCCUGAAAACUUGGAACAAAUUGCUGAUGAUUAUAUCAAUUUUACUUAUGAGAACCCAACUAUUUAUCAUGUUGUUGAUUUUUUUAAAAAAGAAUUAAUAAAAAAUGAUUUUACCUACAUUUCAGAACUGGAUUCUUGGGAUGAUGUUAAACCUGGUAAAUAUUUUACAAUUAGAAAUGGUUCUUCAUUAGCUGCUUUUGUUUUUGGUAAAGAUUGGAAACCAGAGUAUGGUAUUGGUGCAAUUGGCUCCCAUAUUGAUUCAUUAACCACAAUUCUUAAACCAAAUUCUACAAAAGAAAAAGUUGAUGGUUAUGAAUUAUUAGGUGUGGCGCCAUAUGCUGGAACAUUAGGAUCUCUUUGGUGGGAUAGAGAUUUAGGUAUUGGUGGUAGAUUAUUGAUUAAAGAUGACAAAGGCAAAAUUGAACAAAAAUUGGUCGAUUCAACUCCGAAUCCUAUUGCACAUAUACCUACAUUAGCACCACAUUUCGGAACUCCAGCUAAUGGUCCAUUUAAUACUGAAACACAAGCUGUUCCAGUUAUUGGUUUCUCAGCUGAAGAUGAUGAUGAAGCUACGGAAAAUGAAAAGAAAGCACCAUUAUUUGGAAAACACUCAAUUAAAUUAUUGAGGUUCAUUGCAAAAUUAGCGAAUGUCAAAGUAGAAAAUAUUUAUCAAUGGGAUUUACAAUUAUACGAUGUUCAAAAGGGUGUUAGAGGUGGUUUAAAUAAAGAAUUUGUAUUUGCACCUAGAAUUGAUGAUAGAGUUUGCUCCUAUGCUGCAUUAAGAUCUUUGAUUAAUUCGGCAAACAAAAAUCAUUUAAAAUCAGACUCUUUUUCAAUUAUUGGUUUAUUUGAUAAUGAAGAAGUUGGUUCAUUAACUAGACAAGGAGCUAAAGGUGGUUUAAUUGAAUCAGUAGCAUCAAGAGUUUUAUCAACCAGUUAUUUUGAUCAUCAAGAAGCUUUGAGAUUGGCUUUUGCUAAUUCAAUUAUAUUAUCUGCUGAUGUUAAUCAUUUAUUAAAUCCAAAUUUUAAAAAUGUAUAUUUAGAAAAUCAUGCACCAAUUCCAAAUAAAGGGGUUGCUAUAGCAUUAGAUCCAAAUGGUCAUAUGGCUACUGAUUCAAUAGGUUUAUCAUUAAUUGAACAGAUUGCUUUAAAAAAUAAUGAUAAAUUACAAUAUUUUCAAAUCAGAAACGAUUCAAGAUCAGGUGGAACAAUUGGACCUUCCCUUUCAAGUCAAACUGGUGCUCGUUGUAUUGAUUUAGGUUUGCCUCAGCUUUCCAUGCACUCAAUCCGUGCUGCAAUUGGAACUAGAGAUAUUGGUUUAGGUAUUAAAUUCUUUGAAGGAUUUUUCAAUUAUUGGAGAGAAGUUUACAAUGAUUAUUCAGAUUUAUAG